AUGAGAUUUGCAAACACUAGCUGGUUUCAGCCACCCACUCUCCUUCUGACAGGCAUCCCUGGUCUGGAGGCUGUACAGACAUGGAUCUCGGUCCCACUGUGUGUCAUGUACCUAAUUGCCCUCUUAGGGAACUGUACUAUCCUCUUUGUCAUCAAAACCACAUCCAGCCUUCAUGAGCCUCAGUACAUCUUUCUGUCUAUGCUGGCAACUACAGACAUGGGUCUGUCCAUAUCAACUCUACCUACAGUACUCAAUGUCUUCCUCCUGAAUCACAGGGAGAUUGAGUUCCACUCCUGCCUGACACAGAUGUUCUUCAUCCACACCUUCUCCUCCAUGGAGUCAGCCAUCCUGCUGGCCAUGGCCUUUGACCGGUUUGUAGCGAUUCGCAACCCACUGCGCUACACUGUGGUUUUAACCCCUCCUCGUAUUAUAGGGAUGGGGCUCGCAGCUGUGAUAAGGGGUGUGGUGUUGAUGAUUCCCUUGCCAAUCCUGUUAAAGCGAUUGCCCUUCUGCAAGGAUGUCAUUCUGUCCCAUUGCUACUGCUACCACCCUGACGUUAUGAAGCUGGCCUGUGGCCCUGUCAGAGUCAACAUCAUCUAUGGGUUGUCCCUCGUCAUCUGCUCCUUUGGGAUUGACUCUAUGCUCAUUGUCAUUUCAUAUGUCUUGAUUUUAAAAACAGUGCUAGGUAUUGCCUCUGGAGGUGGUCAGCUCAAGGCACUUAAUACUUGUGUUUCCCACAUCUUCACUGUCUUCAUCUUUUAUGUGCCCCUCAUUGCCCUGACUGUAAUUCAUAGGUUUGGCACAUUCACUUCUCCUCUUCUCCAUGUCACCAUGGCCAACCUCUUUCUUUUCCUGACUCCUGUCCUUAACCCUUUGGUUUACAGCCUAAAAACCAAGCAGAUAAGGUCAGCAGUGCAUAAGGUAUUCAAGGGCAAGAGAAACUUUCUCAAGUAG